CACUGGACAUGUACUGUAGGGCACUUCCGGAAGUUGCAUGCCCCAAUCCCGUUCCCGCCAUGUUUAGCCGGGUAAAAAAUAUCACCGAUUUCUCAACUGAAAACGGCAGUCUUGGUUUUGGUGCAAAGCUGGUUCUGACUUACGAAUGAUAAAAUCUACAACAACAUUCAUCUUCCAUGAUUGCGUUUGGUGCGAUCUUCCGGUGCUGCUUCAUCUAUGGAUUAUAUGAAAGAAGAUUGCAGCGGAGCUGAUGAUCUUCCAAAACAAAAUAUUAGCAGUACUUAAGGGCACCUUUUUCUAUGACUCAAGAGGAUUCCCUUUGAAGCAGUACCUCGAGGAAUGGAUACAACCGACUUGGAGUUUCAAGUUCAUGGUAUAGAGAUCGAAGCAUAUAGUGCUAUAUUGAGGGCUUUCAAUGCUCAAUCUGAUGCGCUGUCCUGGGGUAAAGAAGAGCUUAUUACUGAGCUACGGAAGGAACUUAAUGUUACAGACCUCGAACACAGAGAACUCCUUGUGAAAGUUGAUUCAGAUAAUUUGAUCAGGAUGAUAAGGGAACAGCGGAAGUGUACUGCUGGUGAGAAUGGGUUACUCUGUAAUAAAGUGAAUUCCUCUGGUCCUAAGCCUAAUUCAGUGGCUUAUGCUUCCCACAAAAGGUUGAAAGCUUCCCAUGUUCCUAUGUCCUCAUCUCCAAAAUACGUACAUCAUUGUCAACCUUCACCAACAGAUAUUUCUUCUUUAGCUGCAACACAUUUCAGGGACAGUCAAUGGGGUGGUGAAACAGCUGUCUUUGCUGGUCAAGGAGUUGUUGGGCAGUCCUUGCAAUAUUCUUCACAUGGCAGACAAGCGCCAAGUGCAGGCAAAGGAAGGAUGCCAAUAAUCCAUGCACCAGAUUUCUGGAAAAGAUAUGAUAUAAUUGAGAUUCGUGCAACAGAUGAGCUUAUUCGUGAGGUUGAGAGAGUGAUCUAUGGAGGACGAGAACCUGACCCACUUCAAGUAGAGAAGGCUAAACUAAUCCUCAAAGUACUUCAAUUCCUUUUCCCAACCUGCUUUCUUACCCUUGCUUCUUCACAGGAGCAUGAAAAUGCCAUUCUUGAAGCACUUGAUAAACUUGCUGAUGUCUCAGAUGGUGAGGAUUCUCCUGAUCAGUUAUGGCAUCGGUACUCUCCCGCAAGGAGAUUCAGAGGAAUGCACAAAGAGCGUCAACAGCUCAUGCCUUCUAUGGGCAGGUUGAUAGGCUGAAAAAUUACCAAGGCAGGCUUUGGUAGGGAACACGCUGAUAGAACUGGCAUUCCUUGCAUUGAUGUGCAGGAUGACAAAGGGGCCCCUUAAUGACAGCAGACGGUUUUUCAUAGGUGCAAGGUGAUGUAGAUAUGACUAAGAUAAACACUUUGUAUCAGUGAGACUAAUUCUCAGCUUUUUUUUCUAGGUGCAAGGUGAUGUAGAUAUGACUUGGAUGACAAGACUAUAUAUCAGUUAGACUGUAAUGACAGCAGCUGUUUUUCCUAGGUGCAAGGUGAUGUAGAUAUGACUUAGAUAACAAGGCAAUUUGUAUCAGUGAGACUUUAAAGACAGCAGCUUUUUUUCCCUAGGUGCAAGGUGAUGUACAUAUGACUUAGAUAACAAAACACUUUGUGUCUGGCAGCUAUGUAAGUUUCACUGAUAGACUUCUGAUGCAUCAAUAUAGGAUUUCUUGGUUUAGUAA